AUGCCACUGGGAAGUGAUCCUGUUCGUCUUGAGUUGGGCAACAUGUCUGCUCGGAUGUGGACUUCAAUCGUCGCGGAUCUGAGUCCAAAUGGAUAUAAGGUGCCCCAUAUACCUCACUGGCCAAGAUAUACACCUGGUAAGGAGGCUUCGAGCUUUGUCUUCCAUCUUCCGAAGAAAGAGAGCUGUGUGGAACGGGACGACUACCGAGCGGAUGGGAUUAAUUCCUUCAAUACUAUCGCACGAUAG